AUGGGGACGCGCGCCCCGGCGAGCGCGCCGCACCUCUUCAAGUACAUCAUCAUCGGCGACACGGAGGUCGGGAAGUCGUCCAUCAUGCUCAUGUUCACGGAGCAGCACUUCCAGCAGGCCCACGACAUGACCAUCGGCGUCGAGUUCGACUCGCGGUCCGUCCAGCUCAGCGACGGCAACCAGGCGAACCUCGAGAUCUGGGACACCGCGGGCCAGGAGAGCUACCUGUCGAUCACGCGGUCGUACUACCGGGGCACGGACUGCUGCCUGCUCGUCUACGACGUGACGCGGCGCGAGUCCUUCGACCACCUGCCCCGCUGGCUCAACGAGGCGAAGCAGAACGCGUCGAACCCGAACCUGGUCCUCAUGCUCGUGGGCAACAAGGCGGAUUUGGAGGGUUCCCGCCAGAUCUCGCGCGCCGAGGGCAAGGCCUUCGCGGACCUCCACGGCAUGCUGUUCGUGGAGCUCACGGCCAAGAACCAGAACCUCGUCGAAAGUGUGUUCGUCGAGAGCGCCCAGCGCGUCCUCGCGGUGCAGCGCGCGAACCCGCGCGCGAAAUCCGCCGCCGUGAAGUUGCAGCCGGAGUCGCGGGCGAAGAAGGACGACUUCGACUGCGGCUGCGGCUAG